AAUUCCCUGGAAAACAGAGCCCUGUGGGCACAGGCAGGGUUGCUAGGGGACAGGGAUGAUGACUGGGUCUGCUGUUGUCUUCCUAGUGACACUAGGGAGAUAUAUAGAUAUAGAUAUAUCUUUUUUUUUUUUUUUUCCCACCAGGAAAAACUGAACUGUGAACACCCCCGGUGUUGCUUUGAAAUCAGGGGCAGCCACCAAACUGCUCUCAGCCGUCUCUGCACGAAGCAGGAGCAUCCAUCCAGGUCCCAGCUGCUGCCCUGCUCUCAGGGGGCUGUGAGUGGAAGCAGCGGGGGCUCGCACUCCAUCAGCCCCCGCUUCCUCCCGUGGCUGCUGCUGACCCUCACUCGAGAUGGGGUAGCUACGGCGAGGGGUAUGCAGGGGUAUUGGGUAGGAUACAGCCCGUGAACCUUUCUGGCAGCCUGCUCCGCUUAGGGGACAUAUAGACCCUGGAAGUCAUCGCUGCACGACCCUGUGCCCACAGCACUUGGCUGAGCCCGACGCGGUGAUGAUGCUUAAUUGGAGCUUUUAACGUGCCGUGUGGAGCUGGUUGCGUGAAAGGUUUGUUGUGAGGAGCCGUCGGGGCCGGAGGAUGCUUAGGACCCAGGGGAAACACUGGAGAGCCUGGCUGGCUGGGCUUGGAGGAGCUCCUGCCUCCCCAGCCGGGACUUCUCAGGUGUCCUGGUACUGCCGCACUGUGCGAGGAGAGCUGCGCCCUCCUGGCAGCUCCCCCUUCCCCACGUCCAUGCCCAUCCUCUGAGCCCCCCUGGGCACCCAUGCGCUCGCCCGGGGACCCCUCCGCACCAUGAAUGACCAGUACCACCGAGCAGCCCGGGACGGCUACCUGGACCUCCUGAAGGAAGCCACCAAGAAGGACCUGAACUCGCCGGACGAGGAUGGCAUGACCCCGACCCUAUGGGCCGCCUACCACGGCAACCUGGACGCCCUGCGCCUCAUUGUCAGCAGAGGGGGCGAUCCAGACAAAUGUGACAUCUGGGGGAACACCCCUCUCCACUUGGCAGCAGCCAACGGCCACCUGAACUGCCUUUCCUUCCUCAUCUCUUUUGGGGCCAACAUCUGGUGCCUGGACAAUGACUACCACACCCCACUGGACAUGGCAGCCAUGAAGGGGCACAUGGAGUGUGUGCGAUACCUGGACUCUAUUGCUGCCAAGCAGAGCAGCCUCAACCCCAAGCUGGUGAGCAAACUGAAGGACAAGGCCUUUCGGGAUGCGGAGCGGAGGAUUAAGGACUGCGUGAAGCUGCAGAAGAAGCACCACGAAAGGAUGGAGAAACGGUACAGAAAGGAGAUGUCGGAUAAUUCGGAUACCAUGAGCUUCUCCAGCUAUUCAAGUAGCACCUUAAGCAAGAAGUUCCAACAGAUGUCUAUGGUGACUUCCCUGCCAUACUCACAAGCCACCAUCCAUGGCACAGCCAAGGGAAAGACGAAAAUACAAAAGAAGCUAGAGAAGAAGAAGCAGGUGGACGGGACAUUCAAGAUCUACGAGGAUGGGAGGAAAAGCGUGCGGUCUCUGUCUGGUCUGCAGCUGGGGAACGACGUCAUGUUUGUGAAGCAGGGCACAUACGCCAGCCCCAAGGAGUGGACUCGGCGUAAUAUCAGAGACAUGUUCCUCACGGAUGAAGACACUGUCUCCCGUGCCAUAAGUGACCCAGGUUUGCACAUGGACUCAGCCCAUUCGGAAGUCAGCACUGACUCUGGCCACGACUCCUUGUUCAACCGCCCCGGGCUGGGCACCAUGGUGUUCCGGCGCAACUACGUCAGCAGUGGGCUUUUUGGGAUCGGCCGGGAGGACACUGGCAUGCUGGGUGAUGACAACACAGAUGGGGUAGGUGUCAAACUGCGGAGCCGCCUGCAGCGCUCGCCAAGUCUCAACGAUAGCAUUGGCAGUGCCAACAGCCUGCAGGAGAGGAACGCGGAGGAGCUACCCUGGGAUGAGGUGGAGCUGGGCUUAGAUGAUGAUGACGAACCAGACACCAGCCCCUUGGAGACUUUUCUGGCUUCCCUGCACAUGUUUGAGUUCAUCUCCAUCUUGAAGAAAGAAAAGAUUGACUUGGAGGCCCUCAUGCUAUGUUCAGACAAUGACCUGAAGAGCAUCAAUAUCCCAUUGGGCCCCAGGAAAAAGAUUGUGGAUGCCAUCCAGAGGAGACGACAAACUCUGGACAAGCCAGACGUCAUUGUAGACACUGAACUAUAGCACCAUCGUCAUUUUAUUUUAUUUUUUUUUUUAAUGAUCGAGAAAUAAACCCAGUUCUAAGUUGCCAGAAAACACAAGCCAGAGACUCCCUUCCUGGGGCAGCUGAAAGCUACAGCCAUCCCCACCAGUCCCUCUGGACUGCCCUCCUGCUCCGUCGCUCUGCUCCCUGUCUGUGCGAUGCUCCCAGGCGGUACCUGGUACGGAGGGACGGCUCCUGAGAUCGGCCCAGGCAGCUCCAACCUGCCAACCUUGAAGGGACGAUGGUCGCCUGCUCGCUGGAGGAAGAAGUGAGCUGCACAGCUGGCUAGGACACUGUGCUGUCACAGGCUGAGACCACACGAAGCCAUGAAUGGAAGGAGAUAUGUGAUGGUAUUUUCAAAGGGACCCAAAAUAAAUAAUUACAAUCCA